AUGUAUCACCCAAACGUUUAUCCUGAUGGCACAGUGUGCAUCUCUAUUCUUCAUCCUCCAGGAGAUGAUAAAUACGGCUAUGAACAAGCUAGCGAGCGAUGGUCUCCAGUACAUACUGUUGAGACUAUUCUGCUGUCUGUUAUAUCCAUGUUAUCAAGCCCAAAUGAUGAGUCUCCAGCAAAUAUAGAAGCUGCUAAACAAUAUCGCGAUGACUACCCUCAAUUCAAGAAAAAGGUUUCCAGAUUGGUUAGACAAUCUGCUGAAAUGUUGUAA